GGAAGUCCUAAGUAAUACUUUUGUUUUCACAUUUGGGUCAGUGGACUAUCUCCAUUUGGCAGUUGCGGGCCUCGCUAUUUCCAGCUUCCAGAUGAAGGCGGAUUGCCGUUUCCUCUCGAUGUGACACCACUAUCAAGGCUUGACAUAACGUACAUCAAUCUGCAAUCACAGCAUGCCCUCGAUCAUUAUAUAAAUAGGAUCGAGCAGCUCAAGACAACCAAGUAGCUCACUCACUUCUACCUUCAUAUCCAUCCAUCAAGGCAGUGAUAGCCCAAGAUGAAGACAUUUAUUCCCUUCGCGCUUCUUGCGCUCUCCAACGUGUCCUCGGGAUGUCUCCUGCCCCACGAGCGAGAUGAUGCCGCUGGAUUGAAGCCUCUUGUUCGUCGCCAGGGUAGCAACGGAGCUCCAAUUGGUUCAGGCGAUAGAUUCAGUGGUGGUGCAACUGCGCCGCGAGGACUUGGAACUCAAUCCUCAUCUGCUUCAAUCGGCACGAUUCUCAACACCAAGGAAAUUAUCAGUGGCCUACAGGGCCUUGCGAACACGUACGGAAUCGAGACAUUCAACACUCCGUACAAGACUCAAAAUGGCGCAACUGUCGUCGGAGCGAGAGUCGGUGGUACUGGAGGCAAUUGUACUGAUGCAUAUCGUGUCUACUUCAACGGCAACAUCCAUGCUCGAGAGCGCGGUUCCGCCGAUAGCGUCCUAUACUUCAUCUCCGAUCUGUUGUACGCCAACAAGAACAACGUCGGACUCACGUACGGAUCCAGGUCGUACACCAACGCCCAGGUAAAGACGGCUCUGGCCGCGGGAAUUGUCUUCGUCCCUCUGAGCAACCCCGAUGGAGUGGCCUAUGACCAGUCUUCAAACAGCUGCUGGCGAAAGAACCGCAACCCCAACGGUGGAGUUGACCUGAACCGCAACUUCGACUUUCUCUGGGACUUCCGCAACCUGUUCGCCUCCUCGGCGCAGUCAAGCGUUGCCUCAACCUCUCCUAGCUCCGAGACAUACCACGGAACCAGUGCUUUCUCUGAGCCUGAGACCAAGAACAUCAAGUGGGUGAUGGACACACACUCCAAGAUCCGCUGGUACAUCGACCUUCACUCAUAUGCAGGCGACGUCCUGUGGAGCUGGGGCAGCGAUGAGAACCAGUCCUCGUAUCCCACCAUGAACUUCCUCAACAGCACUUACAGCAAAGUUCGUGGUAUUCUCACCGACACCCCCUCGCCCGGCAGGGGCUAUGGCGAGUAUAUCCCCCAGGCGGACUCUGACACCCAGAUCGCCGUGGCCAAGCGCGUGGCCUCAGCCCUGACUGCUGGCGGCGGCAGGUCUUACACGUCUUUCCAGUCGGCCGACCUGUAUCCCACAUCGGGAGCCAGCGACGAUUAUGCCUACUCACGACACUUCGCUGAUCCCACCAAGAACCUCAUCCACGCAUACACGGUCGAGUUUGGUUUCGAGAAUACCGCUGCGUCAUGCCCCUUCUACCCCACUGUCUCCACGUUCAACUCCAACCUCCGAGCAACCAGUGCUGGUUUCAUGGAGUUUUUGUUGGCAGCUACUGACAAUGGGCUUGGAGAUGCAACAACUUGUUAAAUGAGAGGCAAAUAUGCGGCGUUAGGUUGGGUCGGCGGAGAAAAGGGACAGAGACUAGUCGGGUGCUUAUGAGGGACAUGGAACGCCUGAGAAUGCAGGGCAACACACUUAAGAGGGCUACUACUAUAUAUUGAAUAGAGCUCAAGUUGGUAAAAAUCUAC